GCACACGACUGCCACACGCUCAACGAGGAGCCGUAUGAACAACAUACUAAAUUGUAUGAACUAAAAAAACAUUUCUCUGGAAAUAACUAUGGCAGUUCACAGUGAACAAACUUCAGAAUACUGUAGCAAGAUUUUAACAGAUAGAAGAAAGGCAAAGAAACCUCUUAUGGAGAAAAUGAGGCGGGCGAGAAUUAAUGAUAGUUURAAUGAACUGAAGUCGUUGGUACUAGAGUCACUGAAUAAAGAUGCUGCAAGAUAUUCUAAGAUGGAAAAAGCUGAYAUCCUUGAGAUGUCUGUACAAUAUUUAAGAGAAAUUAGAAAACAAGAAAAAUCACAGAAAGCAGCGACAAUUGCUGAAUACCGAGCGGGAUUUAACCAUUGUGCUCAAGAAGUCACCAAGAAUCUUAUCGACACACCAGGAUCGGAGAAUCUUCGUACAAAUCUUAURAACCAUCUCGCCUUGUGUUGUCAGGGAAACACUACGAAGUCUCUACCCGUCUCGUCGAGCCAACGACUUCCUAUCGAUAACAGGUCCCCUCUGUCACCAGUAGGCCCCAUGUGGGUUUACCCGUCUCCCCCACCGUCACCUCUGUGCAUGUCGCCUCCAGUUUCCCCAACGCUUUCGCCUGGAAUCUCUCACUCAAUUUCUACCGCUCAAUCAACGGCAAAUUCAGUAGAAGAGUCUCAAAACGCCACACAGAAGCACUCAUCAGUAAAUCGUUUUUGGAGACCGUGGAUUUUAUGAACUAUUGACAGAAUGAAUUAGUUGUACAGAAAUUAUAAUUGGAUUAAUUGUCUCAUUUUAAAAGCUGUUGUAUAUAGACAUAUGUUUUAUACGAAAUAUUUAUGAAGAAAUUCUAACUAGAGUUAUACAUAUUAUUUACGAAUUUGAGUGAAAUGGCUGCGAUUCAAGAAUAUUAUAGUUCGUUUAGUGUGUCAGAGAUAAGCUUUAUAUUUUAAUAAAGUGUGAAGUGUGAAAUCAAA